ACACUUGCUGAUCAAAGUUUCAAUCAGGGUCUGUGCCUGCAGACUACACGGCUCGGAUAAGAGCACGUAUCGACGCGAGAAGACGACGGUCGUUGAUCGGAAUGAGCUUGUUUUUAAAUCUACAAUUCCAAUAUGAGCAUACCAACCAGUAAAAGAAUGGAUGAAAUCAAACGGCAGAUGUCAGUCCAUCGACAGAAUCUACUUUGUGUUUGUCGAUUGUCAAUAAAGGCACUAAUUGCUCAGUCGCAAUACCAGGCAACAGAUGACUCCUGUCCUGAGUUCAAGAAUUUUGCUACUAUCAUGGAGCACAUACUUAGUCACAGACUUAAAGGUCAGGUGACAUGGUUUGGUUUAGAGGAACCCCGUGACUUUUGGCAUUUCAUCCGAGUUGUCUGCGGUAAUACACAUGAUGGUUGCAUUGGUAAUGUGGCUCAUAUGGAGUCGGUGCGGUCACCCAAGGCAAAGGGCAGAGCAUGGCUGCGGAUGGCUCUAAUGGAGAAAAAACUUGGAGAUCACAUUGCAAUUGCUUUACAGAAUGACAAAGCACUGAGAGCUUUUUAUAGAGAAGGAGCAUUCGUUAGAAGUGAAGAGGCUCAGAUAUUGGUUCAAUCUCUCCAGUCCCUGCACUCAUUAGACUUCAGCUGCUGUGUGAAAGGAGAGAAGCUAGAAAUAGGAGUAGCCAGUGUGAUUGACUAUGCACAGUUUCUCAAGACCCAGCUAAGUGAUGAUGAUAACCAAGAAGCUUUAAUGAAGGAUCAGCAACUCUUUGCACCCUCUCACUCACCAAGGGGAGAUGGGUCGUCUAUGAAUGAGAAACUUUUACAACUGCAGAAUCAAUACAGAGUAGCAUCAGCUCAAAAGGAUUAUAUGGAGGAGACAGCCAACCAGAAGGAACAACAGUUGGUUGAGAGUAGAAAGAAAAUACAAACACUGGAGAACCUGGUUAUUCAGUUACAAGAACAAGUGGCGAGUUUGAAAGAAGCCCAGCUGAUAUCACGUCGUGAACUAGAAGAACAUUUGAUUGCUGGUCAGUGGCCAUUACAGGAUAGAAUAAGGACUUGUACAGUGAGAACAGACCAAGAUGAGAUUGCAUUAGACAGUAUUUCAAGUCAACUUUCUCCUCUCGAUCAAUCAAGUAUCCAGAGUUUUGGUCCUCCUUCUGUCCAUCAGAGAUCAAUCAGUCCAAUAUCAUCUAGCUCAGGAAUAUCAGCAACGGAAGGGUCAGGAGACCCAAGGACUGUCCCGUAUUCUAUUCCAAGGUUUGCUCGUAAGGAGAAGGAAGAGACACCCUCACUUGUAGCAUUGGCAGGGUCUUUUACCUCACAGUUAAGUGUGAGAUCGAAUGAAACAAAUAGCUCUGGAAUGUCAGAAAAUCAACCUGUAAAUUUAGCAAGGAACCUGUCUCCAGAUUCUCUUAGUGCAGUCUCAUUUGCAUCAGCAUCUGAAGCAAGUCCAAUGCUGUCAUAGUAAUAUCCUUCAGAUUGAAUUUACUAUAGUUUCUAUAUCGGGUCCUAAUCGUUAUUUUAUGCAAAUUUGUGAUUAUUUAUUAACUUUCUGUGCCCAUUCAAUCAAUUCUCAGUAUUAAGAAACAAGUUGAAUGUGCAUGAAGAUAAUGUCUUCUCUUUUCAAGAUGUAGACUGAUUUCCUGUCAAAAGCAUAGAAACAGAAUCAAUAGUGUACACAUUUCAAUUCAAAUUGAGUUUAGUAUUUGUAAAAAAAAUUAAAUCUGGAAAAAAAAUCUCAUUUGAACAAAGACAGAUCACUGGUUGUUUGUUUAGUUGUGCAUUACUUACAAAUAGCUUGAUGAAACAGCCCCCGCAUUUCAAAGUUUAUCAACAUAACAUUCUAGAGUUUUUAUCCAGCGAAACCUAGCAGCCAUGUCUUUGAGGAUUCAGCUUGGGUCAUCACUGCCUUGCAGAUCUGCAAAGUGUAAUUAAAAUAGCCAGGAAACUUCAAGUAUAAAGAAACUGAAUUCUGUUCCUAAUGAAUCAAGAAAGAAGUUAAAAUGUGCAUUCAGGAAUGCACAAAGCCUCCACACAACAUAAAGAAUAAUUGCAGACUAUUACAUAUUAAGGAGAUGUAGUCAUAGCUCUAGGCACUGUUUCGGCCAAGCUAAAGGAAUAACAGUCAUUUUAUAUCAGCACAUUCUGCGGUUUGUAAAAUUAUUGUGUGGACAAAAUUAUAUGUUAUGAGCAACUCCAUGAAGUAUAUAAUAUAAUAUAAAGUAUUUAAUCUAACCCCUUCUUGAAAUGAUUUGUCUCUACUUGUCAUGGCUCGAGCAGUUCAUUACGUAGAGUUUAAAAAAAAAGAGUAUUACUGGCUGUCUGUCUUGAUAAAUUCUUAAACUAAUGGCAAUGAAUGCCUUUAUCAAAGAGUUUCAUCUGCUUCUAACUCAUUCACAUCCCCACAAGCAGUCUACAGUAUCUAUGAAGCAGUUAAGGUUGUUGAUGAUUUUAAUUUGACAUGGGUAUUCUGAAAGGUAGUGAUCGGAUAUAUAGCAUUUCCAGAAAAGAAUCAAGAUUAUUACUUUCAAACAGUGUUGUUUAUUCUGCUUCAGGAGUCUAAAAUAUGGGUUGCUGGUGGUGUUGAAGGUUGCAUCUUGCUCUCGUUAUCUUUUGGUCCGUUCUCUCUUUUCCUUUCAACCUUCUUCUGUAUAGGAUUCACCCCACCAUGUUCUCACCAAACACUUACUGAUAUUCACACCCUUGAAUACUGCUAGACCUCCAUGAUGUAGGUCCAUUUUGUCCUCUUCUUUAGUCAAGUACAUAUUCAGUAACCUUGCUCGCAUUUUCCACCCUCACUUUUCUGUAUGUAGCUUUGGUAUUUCCAUGUACUUUGCAGCAAGGAUUCUUGGUUAACUCCCUCUAGGUGAUCUGCCAUAUUGACUAAUAGGCAAUGGGUAUUUGGUUGCAGAAGGAAUUCAGAUUAAAAAGAAGAUUGAGAAAAACAAUCUAGGUAAUCUUACCUUGUCACCUGGGAUGCUUUUCUAAAGAAAAUUUUUGCGUCAACGCCCAUUUUUCUGACAAUGUUGGCAUCAGCACCAUUUAUUUUCUAUUUAGAGUUUGAAGAGGAUCAGCUAUCACAUUACGCAGCUAGAGUGGAUUCAUGAUAUUAACCCUCAUCCUCCUGAGUGUUUUUUUUUUGUAAAAUAGUUAACACAAAAACGAACCAUUUCUAUGUACAUAAUGACCUCUACAACAUUCGACCUUUGACCUUGAGACCCCAAAAUCUAAUAAGAUAUUGUCCCUCUCAUAUGCAUACAUGAGCCAGAUUUGAUGAUGAUGUUGAUCUGUCAAACAGUACUUAAGUUAUCAAGAGAACAAAACAGGACAGAUGGACGGACAACACAAAAAAAAAUGAAUAUGACAUUUUGAUGUUUUUUUGUUUUCUUUUGCUAAUUAAGGAAGAAAAUAACUAUUACAACAUUCGCAGAAUAUUAUUGGGUAGAAAAACAAAUAUUGUAUGGUGGCAAACACCCCCCCCCCUUCGGUGCACCGUAAUCAUUGAAAGACUAUAAAAAUAUAUUUACCCUCAACUCAACUAUUUAUCCUCAACACACCUAUGUGAUGGAAAACAGACAUCUUGAGAAUGUGGACUCUUGUGGACUUAAUGUUAGAAGUAGUUACUUCAGCAUACGUAUUAUUACUUCAUGGAAUGCCUUGCCGGAAUCACUUAUAUCUGCACGCAAUAUUGUCGCUUUCAAAAAUGGCUUACAUAAACUCUGGCAAAGCAAACAGUUCUAUGUACCAUGACGACAUCCACGCACACACGCAUCAUGUAUCAGUUUGCAAUUUGUUAUCCAUUAUGACUUCGUUGACGACCGGGAGAUCUACAGGUUUACCUCACUCCCGUAUACCAGAUGAUGAUGAUGAGGGUUUUUCUCCUUCACCAUCAAAAUAGCGAGUGAAGUGGUACUUCACCAAACUCGCCUCUUCCUGUGUCCAUCUGGAGUAUUUUCUCCCUGUAAUUAAAACAACAACAAACUAGAUGGAUCUUUGACUGCGUGCAGUAGAAAAUAUGCCGUAGCCAUCACUCAAUUUUUAUAUUAAGCCUAAUUUUGAUUAACAUGUUCUGAAUUGAUUCUCUAUACUCUAAAAGAUGGUCAACCAGAUCUUGAAAAAUCACAGAGCUAUUUUAUUAUGAGCCAAUAACAAGGUCUUAGGGAGUGUUGCAAGAAAAUAUUUGCGAUCAAUUGCAAAUAUUCUGUUGCAACUGUACAACUGAUAGAUCAACGUUAGCUGUAGCAAAUCAGAUUAUACUUCUUAUUUUAAGGAGCAGAUUAGCAAUCAAUCACUAAUUUGCAAUUAACUACAAGACAUAUGAAUGAUUUAGGGACUAAAAAUUGACUUGCAAUUGUUUGCAAGUUUCUUGCAACACCCCAUUAGACACCGUUCUCAUUAUACUUUCUAAAACUGGUUUACUGGAAAACGGUUCAGGAAACCAGUCUGGAAGAUCGCUUUGCUAGCGUUCCCAUUUGAUCACUUAAAAGUGGUUUUCAAAACUACUUCAUGUAAAGUGGUUUCGUUGCUAUGGGAACACUCUCAAUGGGGUGACAUGUUUCACGCGAAAUUUGAAACCGCAGCGUAGGCAUUCUACUUACAGUGUGUGGAGUAGCGCGCUUGAAAUGUGCGAAGAUCGCUUCCCGAAGAAAGGUUGUGUCCUCAUGCUAAAACCAGUUUAAGGCAAAGCGAUCUUCAAAACUACAUCGCGAGGUGGUUUUCUGAACCGGUUUGGAAGAUAGCUUCGACCAUUCUCAUUACGUAUUAAACUAGUUUCCCGUAAAUUAGUAUUAGGACGGUAAUGAGAACGGUGUCUUACAGUCUUUUGAGCCCUGUGACCAAUGACCUAAUGGCCCCAAAUCUAUUGUCUUAAUUGGCUCCUCAAGAUACACACGUAGACAAAGUUUGUUGAGAAUCAGUCAAUCGGUUCUUAAUGCAUAUUAAUCAGUUCAUUGGCUCCUCAAGAUAUGUACACAUACCAAGUUUGCUGAGAAUCCGCCAAUGGGUUCUUGAGAUGACGGGAUCAUGAGCCAUUUUCGCAUAUAUAAUGAGCCCUGUUAAAUUUCUUCUUCAGGUUACAUCUGUCUCCUUCAUGGUUGAAGAUUCUUGCAGAUGGUUUAUUGGCAUGUGUCUAUGGCCAGGUUUAGGUGUGCGGUGCAAAUAUAUAUACAGUUGCAAGUAAAAAGUCCCAUCUGGUUUAGCCUGAGACUGGCGGAAGGCUUUUUUAGAAGAGGCAUCAAUUUUGUUGGGAGGGAGAGCAUUCCAUACCUUGAUCGUCCUCGGAAAGAAGGAUUGACGUUGGUGCUCAGUCCUACAGUGUGGUAUUUGACCUUAUGACCAUCUUCACAGUUCAUUGGUUUCUCAAGAUACAUACAUAAACCAAGAUUGGUGAGAAUCCGCCAAUAGGUUCUUGAGAUGGCACGAUCAUGAGCCAUUUUGCAUAUAUAUAUUUAGCCAUGUGAUCUUUGACAUUUGACCUCAAAAUCUAAUUAGUUCAUUAGCUCCUCAAGAUACAUACACAUAACAAGUUAGGUGAGUAUCCGCCAAUGGGUUCUUGAGAUAUCGCGAUCAUGAGAGCGGGACGUAUGGACGGACGGACAUUCAGAAAACAUAAUGCCUCCAGCGACUUCGUAGUGGAGGCAUAAAAAUGGAAUAAGUAGCUUAAAAUUCAUAAAGCAGCGUUCUGGAAGUGAUUUGUUAUAUGCACUGGACCUCAAUACCAAAUGUCACAGAAAAGGGCCCACACAGGCAGGAAAUCAUCUCUGAUCUGCAUAGGGUUUUACCUAAUACUAUUUUUAACUUCAUUUUUAUAGUGCUGAUUUUCCUAAUAUAAUUUCCAGCUACUUAAAAACUGCUGAAGUCAAGUAUGUGUGAUUUAAAAAAACAAACGGCUAAAACGAUCAGGCCGAAAAUUUGUGUGUUGUCCAUUGCAUGCAUAUCUGUGUGCUGUACAUGUCCAUUUUGGUAGAACUAAGUAAAUUUACUGUACUAUCAUUCUGGCAUUUCCAAUACCCUCCAGCAAAAAGCAGAUCUUAAACCUAUGACUGUUGAAUUCUCAAAACUCCCACAGACUUAAUAUGAGGCAAACUCGAUUCCCGUAGGCAAAGGGUUAAGUGCACUAUAAACAACAACCUUUUCCAAGGAUGCAAAGAAAACAAACACCACAAGUCCUAUACAUACCGCAAACUACCAAAGGAGGAUGGUCCAAACCAGCCAUUCUCAAUUACUUUUUUUGAAGCGCCACAUUUCAUGUUGAGAAUCUGUAAUGCACCACUGUCCAUUGCGCAAACCAGCAAUGUAUCAGCGGAGGGGGUUCAGAGGCCCCUGGUGGGGGUCGAGGGGGCAGAGCCCCCAGACGUUUUGGAAUAUGAGGCCUUUUAAAUUGCCCAGAGGGGCUCUAAUUAA